AUGUCGAGCAUCCCAGUAAAGGAGAACGGCGGAGUGCCAUUUCCCUAUCCGAUGCUAAGUCCUCACAAUUAUACUAUGUGGGCAAUAAAGACAGAGGCGAUCCUUGAUGCCCAGGGAGUCUGGGAGGCGGUGGAGCCAGCGGAAGGAGCCCAGGUGGAUGCAAAGAAGGACAAAAAGGCACGUGCAUACAUCCUGCAGUGUGUCCCCGAAGACAUCCUUCUCCAGAUCGCAACAAAGAAGACGGCGAAGGAAGUCUGGGACAGCCUCAAGACGAGGUACCUUGGUAGUGAUCGGGUGAAGAAGGCACGUGUACAAACUUUGAAGAGCGAGUUUGACGCUCUCCGGAUGAAAGAGGCCGAAACGAUUGAUGAGUUUGCUGGCAAACUCAGCGCCCUAAGCAGCAAAUUCUCCACCCUUGGAGCCACACUUGAAGAUUCCUCGUUGGUAAAAAAAUUGCUCGAUUCUGUCCCUGAUAAAUUCUUCCCUAUUGUUGCCGGCAUUGAGCAGUUCUACGACCUUGAGUCUAUACCAUUUGAGGAGGCUAUAGGGCGACUGAAGGCGUACGAGGAACGAACGCUUCGAUUACGCAGCAACACCAACGGCACUGAAGGAGAGCUCCUACUUACUCAUGCCGAAUGGCAAAUGCGACAAAAGGGGAGCAGCGUGGACACUUCGUCAGGAGGCAAGGAACGUGGGUCCAACAGCUCUAAUCGUGGCAAAGGGCAUGGGCGUGGGCGAGGGCACGGUCGUGGUCGUGGUACAUAG